CAGCCAAUAAAGCCCCCCUGAACCCUAGACUUAUUUUGGCUGGAGAAGGAGAGUGCGUUCAACAAUGUCGUCUUUGAACUUCAAUCCAUUUCAAAAUUGGUUCGAGAAACCACCGAACCCAGUUCCUACCAUCAAUUUCGUGUCGCUCGCUGAUACCUUCUUCCCAAAGUCGCAGUCUCCGAAUUUCGCAUCGAUUGGACUUCCUAAGUUCUCCAAAAAGACCCCAAAAACCGAAACAGGGGCGGAAGAACAACCAGGUACGUACAAGCAAAUCGGUGAGCAGUUCUUAUGGGAGUGCGAGAACAUACCGGAUUACAGGCACACUCCGGAAGUGGAUAAGAUUCUCAACGAAGAAGAUACAGUUUUCGAGAAGAAGGAGAACCCGACCACAGAAGAGAUUGAAGCUGAGGAGAAAUGGUGGGAGAGGUUUCGAGCGAGUCCUGUGGUUCAGUUUUUGACUCGCGCCGAGGAGAUUGCCGACGACAUGAACAAGAUGGAGCUCGAUGAUAACGACACGCCUUAUCGGAAAGAAGACAAGGAGCUCUGGCAAGCCAUCCCUCAUGUGCCUGGCUUCGACGGUAGGCCGAUGCCUAGGAAGGCCAUCAAAACUAAGGAAGAGAGUGAUGAUAAGUUUUGGGAUUUCAUGAAGCAGUUCCUCUUUGGCCUCUGGGGUUUCCGCCAACGUCCUUACCCGCCUGGUCGACCCAUUGACGUCGCUCAGGCUAUUGGUUACAAACGGCUCGAGAAGCGUUACUAUGACUUCAUAAUGAAGACUGGUGGUUGGUGGUAUAAAGACCGACUUGGCCGUUCUAGAGGCCCUUGUGAGCUUAUAACCCUUAAGACGGCAUAUGGCGCUGGAAUCAUCGACAGAGAUACUUUCAUUUGGGGCGAGGACAUGGAUGAAUGGGCUCCUAUUCACAUGGUUUACGGUUUGGAACCUGCGAUUGCCACUUGGGAAGUGAGGCUUGGUGCAGCGGCAACGGCUUGCCUGCACAAACUCCAAAAGGGAAUACCGCCAUGGGUUCCUUUAAAGGGACGAGAGCCAAAGACAUACAAGCAACUCCAAAAAGAAGCUAUUGAGAGUAAGAAACGCGACAUGGCAGUGCUUGAAGCAAAUGAUGGCGUUUGGCCUGGAGUCAGAACUCCCAGCCACGCUCUCUUUCUCUGGGCCAGUGGGUCUGAAUUGACAACAGUACUGGAAUCUGAUCACAUGCCAAACAAGUUCAUCCCCAAACGAUUGAGACAAGAGUUGGCCAAAGUAAUACCAGGGUUAAGGCCAUGGGAAGUGAUAAGUGUAGAGCAAGCUAUGGAUCAGAUCAGCUAUGGUGGAGAGUGGUACCGUGAGCCGCUUGGUACUUACACCACUGGUCCUCCUUACAUCAGAGAGUGGAAUAGGAGUGUCAUGAGACUGUUCCGUAUAUUCUACAACCUCAGUACUCGAGUAGGCCAGAAGCUGGAGAGGACAGUCCCGGGAUUCGACACUAUAAUGGAUAAAGUUCAGAAAGAUUAUGAAACUCGGAUUGAAAGGAGGAUGAAGCGGAGAGAGGAAGAGUUGAGAGAACGGGACCUGAAGCAUUAUUCCGGCCGUAACGAUGAAGAUGAGGAUGAGGAGGACGAGGAUGUCAAUGAAAGCGACUCGAAGUGAUUGAAGCAAAGCCUUCAUCAAGUGGUGACUACAAAGCAAACAUCCUGUUGUUUAAUGUUCUUCUUCGCCAGCAACGCACGUCGGUGUCGGUGUGUUGGGGAUUUGUUUCUCGCAUUUACGCACUAGGCCACAGCGUUCUGGUUAUCUUCCGUCUUCUGUAACAUGGCUUGUUUUCUAGCUAUGUUUAACCAACAUGCGACAUGGAGAGUUCUAUCAGAAAAAUUUGAAAGGAACCAGUUCUUUUUCUUUUCCUUGUCGUUUUUAUAUUUCACUAAAAUUAAAAUUUGGACAAAAUAAUAAUGUUCAGCUGGAUGAUCUGCUCUAAUGGGCUAUUAUGGGCUACAUGCAAUUUUCUCACACGGUCUUUGUGGGCGUAUUUAGAUAUCAUUAAUGGGCUUCCGUUUGCGAGGCCUAAUUAUAACUUUGCGUAUUCUACAUAAACCGAACCGGUUAGGCGAGUACCGGAAAAACUAAGUGGCGAUGCUGGAUAGGGCAGCUUGGCGACAAACUGGGAGAGGACUUGUGUUGUCCACACUCGCCCCGAACUCCGAAGCUCAGUGUCGGUGAUCCAAUUUCUCGAUGACUAUCUCACAGUUAUGUUUUCCCAGUGACCAGCUUGUCGUUCUCGGUGGAAAGUGACAUACUACUCUUCAUGCUAUGCUUCUUUUAAUUGUUCUUCAUUAACAG